AAGUGAACCAAUUCAGCCCUCUUGUUUUUGUGCGCCCUCUACCGGUCUGCAUUUUUCUUGCCCGCGACUGUCUGAAAGAGAAGGCACAUGUUAAUACCAACUCGCGUGGUCGUUUUCUGGUACUGUUGCUCUGGACUGUUGAUCCCCAGACAGAUGUUGCACCAUCAGGGUCUCCUCAAGUGCCGCUGCCGCAUGUUGUUCAAUGACUUGAAGGUCUUCCUUCUGCGGAGACCCCCGGCCCCUCCUCCGCCCUCGCCGCUGUCUCUCCCUCCCAUGAGCAGAACAGAUCAAGCCUUGAGUGUACAGGCAUCUAAUAACAACACGCUGACUACGCUAUAUGGAGGGCGAUGGGCACCUCGGAGAGCGCCGACGGACGGGGGUGGUGAUGGUGAUGGAGGAGGAGGAGGGGGCGUCACGAGCCCCCACGAAGAAGAGUGGGAAAGCCCUGGCGGAGAGGGAGAGCUUUCCACGACUGUGAUGAGCAGCGCCUCCUCCGAUGACUUCUGCAAAGGGAAGGCAGAGGAUGGGUAUUCUCUGGGGAGCAGUUUGGAUAGUGGAAUGAGAACGCCUCUCUGCAGGAUCUGCUUUCAGGGACCAGAGCAGGGUGAGUUGCUGAGUCCAUGUCGGUGUGACGGGUCAGUGAAAUGUACACAUCAACCUUGCCUGAUCAAAUGGAUCAGCGAGAGGGGAUGCUGGAGCUGUGAGCUGUGUUACUACAAGUAUCACGUCAUUGCCAUAAGCACAAAGAACCCCCUGCAGUGGCAGACCAUUUCUCUGACCGUCAUCGAAAAAGUUCAGAUAGCAGCAGCCAUCUUGGGUUCCCUUUUCCUUAUCGCCAGUAUCUCGUGGCUCAUCUGGUCAACUUUCAGUCCGUCCGCUAAGUGGCAACGCCAAGACCUGCUCUUCCAGAUCUGUUAUGGGAUGUAUGGCUUCAUGGAUAUUGUCUGUAUAGGUCUCAUAAUACACGAAGGACCCUCGGUUUACCGAAUUUUUAAAAGGUGGCAAGCAGUCAAUCAACAGUGGAAAGUUUUGAACUAUGACAAAACAAAGGACUUGGAGGAUCAAAAAUCAGGGUCUAGGAGCAAUCAACGAAACUCCUCUCAGAUCAACCAUUCAUCCUCCACUAAUGGCGCAGCCAGCAACUCCGCUGUGGAAGACAGUGUUGCCCGAGGAGCUGGUCACACCAUGGGUACUUUGUCUGAUCAUCACUGUGCUUAUACCAUCUUGCAUAUACUCAGCCAUUUGAGGCCUAAUGAACAGAGAAGCCAUUCUAGCACAAACAGAGAGCUUGUCAUGAGAGUCACAACAGUUUAAGCUAAAGUAUUUAGGAGGCCUUAAUGCAACCGAGUGGGAAAGGAACUCAAAAGCAAGUGGCAUGUGGGCUCUCUGCCCUCUCCCCAUGCCAUCUUGGCACAAGGAGCACAAGAGGCCUUUCCCCAGCCAAGAGGGGGCAAGGCAGACCAGCCGCUCACCACAAAAAGAGGUUAAAAGUUUGGCUGUGAAACGAAGUGCAAUAUAUACUGCAAACAGUGAACUAGGACCAAGUCCUUAAAAGAGGGGCAUGGGGGAGCGGAAGGGUUUAAUUUGUCAUGUAUACAAUGGAAUAAGUAAGAUUUUAAAGAAUUGCACACCCAAACACAUGCAUAUAGGAAGAGGGAAAGAAGGUACGUCUGGGUUUUUUUUUUAAAUGUAUUAACCAGAAGUUUAAGUAUUCAAAUACAGAAAUUAUUCUGUGGCCUAUGCCAACUUGAGUGCCCCAGGAUGUUCAACUGAAAUUGCAAUUCAUUGAUUGCUUUUGUUUUAUAAAAGUGAAUAACGUUGCCCAGGCUUUUAUCACAUAGCACAUAGCCCUGCUGGUUCUUUUUCCUCUUCAGAUAGAAUCAGCUAGCAGUUCCUUUUGAUGGCAUGUGAGGAGAAAGGGAGGGAAUUCUCUCCUUGAACCACAAGCAUGUAAACAACUGACAAAGCACAAGAUACAGAUGAAUGAUUCAUCAUGGACAUUUGGUUUAAAAAUUUGUCGAAAUGGGCUUUU